CUCCCGCCCAGAACCCCCACUAGCCCGGGGCCUGAGAACAGCCACUCCGCACUCACUCCCCGGAGCCCACGCUGGCCGCCAAGCUCCUGCGGGAGAGGACAUGUGAGCAGCUAGCGGCAGAGGACAACCUCUUCCAGGGCACAGGUACUUGCUUCUGCUGGAACCAUGCCCGUGACCUUUGCCCUCUGGCUCCUCCUGAGCCAGGCCAGCGCGGACCCAUGUUACCACCCCGGGGGCCGCCCCCGCUUCUGCCUCCCACCCGUGACCCAGCUGGCUGUCAUGGCUGCCUCCUGUCCCCAGGCCUGUGGCCCCUCCCCGGGCGUGGACCUCGGCCCACGGGCCCCCUGCAAUGGCAGUCUGACCCUGGGCCUGGGGGGCCCUUUCCUCCUGUCAUCCGUCAGCCUGCGCUUCUGCACCCCAGGACCCCCAGCCCUGGUCCUGUCUGCCGCCUGGGCCACCGGAGGGCCCUGGAGGUCACUGUGGCGCAGGCCCGCCUGGCCGGGGGUGUUGGGAGGGCCCGAGAGGGUGAUCUUCCGGGUCCCAGUGGGCCCGAAGGCCAGCGUGGUGGCCAGUCACCUCCGCCUGGAGCUCGGGGGCCGGGGAGGGCUGGCAGCCGCGGGCGUGAGAGGCCGCUGCCAGUGCCAUGGCCACGCGGCCCGCUGCGCUGCCCGCGACCGGCCGCCCCGCUGUCGCUGCCGCCACCACACCACCGGCCCAGGCUGUGAGAGCUGCCGGCCAUCCCACCGCGACUGGCCCUGGCGGCCUGCCACGCCCCGGCACCCUCACCCUUGCCUGCCCUGCUCCUGCAACCAGCACGCGCGACGCUGCAGGUUCAACUCUGAGCUAUUCAGGCUGUCGGGCGGCCGGAGCGGGGGCGUUUGUGAGCGGUGCCGCCACCACACAGCCGGCCGGCACUGCCACUACUGCCAGCCAGGGUUCUGGAGGGACCCCGGCCAGCCCAUCAGCAGCCGCAAGGCCUGCAGGGCCUGCCAGUGCCAUCCAAUUGGGGCGACAGGCGGUGCCUGCAACCAGACCAGUGGACAGUGCUCCUGCAAGUUAGGGGUCACUGGCCUGACCUGCAACCGCUGUGGUCCCGGCUACCAGCAGAGCCGCUCCCCCAGGAUGCCCUGCCAGCGAAUCCCAGAGGCGACAACCACCCUUGCUACAACCCCUCAUGCUUACAGCUCGGACCCUCAGUGUCAAAACUAUUGCAAUACCUCGGACACCAGGAUACACAUGAGCCUUCAGAGGUACUGCCAGCAGGACUACGUGCUCCACGCGCAGGUGCUGGCGUCCGAGGCCGCGGACACGACAUGGCAGCGGCUGGCCGUGCGCGUGCUGGCGGUGUACAAGCAGGGAGCACAGCCCGUGCGCCGUGGCAGCCAGGCCGCCUGGGUGCCCCGCGCCGAUCUGACCUGCGGAUGCUUGCGCCUGCGCCCCGCCAACCACUACCUGCUGCUGGGCGGCACGGCUGGCGGUCCAGAUCCUACACGCCUCGCCCUCGACCGCCACGGCCUCGCGCUGCCCUGGAGGCCGCGCUGGGCCCGGCCGCUGCGGCGGCUGCAGCAGGAAGAGCGCGCUGGGGGGUGCCACACCUUGCGGCCUUCAACCCCGAGCCCCGAACCCAGGCUCUAGAGCCGAAGCCCCGCGGCCUCGAAUGCCAUCGAAGGAGCUAGAAGCAACCACAGGAGGCGCCUUUUACCUCGACGCUGAGGCGUCCCUCAGCGAGCCAAUCAGACGCCGCGGAGUGCCAGACGUCACUGGCAUGCGCCAGCACCCAGGAGUAAGGACGGCCUUAACUAAAGGCCGUAGAACUCUUGGUAUGUGCCUCGGACACUUGACCUUUGCCUUGUGGAGCAAGUCCCCUCAAUAAAGAAUCAACUCUUGAGGAA